UAUCCGUAACAAUUCCCAAAUUAGUAGUCACUCCUUCUGCUUAAUCUUCUUCAUAUAUAUUAACAGCCGUGGAAAUGGAAGACGGAAGCUGCCUCGUCAACCACCUCCCUCCGGGCUUCCGGUUUUGCCCUACCGACGAAGAGCUUCUUCUUCACUUUCUUUAUCCCAAGUCCUCGCUCUUGCCUUGCUAUCCCAACAUCAUUCCUGAUCUUCAUCUGCUUCACCCUUGGGAACUAGAUGGGAAGGCACGACUGAGCGGAAAACGGUACUUCUUCUUCAGCCAAACGAUGGAGAAUCGAGUCCUGGAAAAUGGGUAUUGGAAGGAACUGGAUAUCGAAGAACCCAUCUUCAGUUCAGGGAAGAAGGUUGGACUGAAGAAACUGUUGGAGUUCUGCAUUGGCGAAGCUCCCUUUGCCAUGAAAACGAAUUGGUUGAUGCAGGAAUACCAUCUUUGUAAUUGGGGCUCACCUCUUUCAUCACACUACUGCAAACCAAAAGGACACAAAAAAGUGGAUUGUUGUAAAUGGGUUCUAUGUAAAGUUGAAGAGAGUAAGGGCAACGCUCGGAGCUUGAGCUACGGUGAUGAAGAUGGAAGCUCUUUCGCGUGCCUGUGGUUGUCCAAUGUUGUGCAGGCUUCUGUUGGCAUGCCUUGUGACAAGGCUUUGUUAUGGAUCUUUUGGAGGAAGCAUCUGAAUUUUAGGGUGCUACAUAAGGCUGAUUACGCUUUGUCUAUUGUUGGGGAUAAUGAGGGACGUAGGAUUGUUAUCACAACUGUUUAUGGGAGUAAUUCUGGUGUGACUAGAAUGGGUUUGUGGAGGCAUCUAAGGGAUUUAAUUGGUCAUAUGGGGAAUUCUCCUUGA